AUGGCCGACCAGGUCACCGAGAAGCCUGAAGUUAAGGCACCCGCUCCUGAUGCGCAGGAAGCACCUGCUGCUGAGAAACCUGCGGAGCAAUCGUCGACCGGAGACAACGCCGCCAAGACCGAAGGCGAGGCAUCUAAGGAGGAUACAAAGGUCGCUCAAGAUACUAAGGAAAGUGGAAACGUAGAGAAACCCACCGAAGACAAAGACGCGACCGAAGCAUCAAAGGAGGAUUCAAAGCCCGUUGACGAUACCGCCGACACCGAAAUGAAGGACGCGCCUGAGACCUCGGCUGCUGAGGAGACCAAAGUUGAAAACUCCGCUCCAUCUGCCGAUGGUGAGACAGCAGCUGAAAACACCGCUGCCGAAACUCCUUCAGCAAAGGGGAAAAAUAACCGCCGCAAGUCGACUGGUGGUGCCACCCGCAAGAGUCUGAGCAAGAAGGCCUCCAAGGCGCGUCUCACGCACUUGGAUGCCAAGCCUGGAGACCAUUUCUUGGUCAAGCUCAAAGGAUUCCCUGCCUGGCCCGCCAUUAUCUGUGACGAGACAAUGCUACCUCAAGCGCUGGUCGAUAGCCGUCCUGUUGCUGCUGCACGACCUGAUGGCUCCUACACCGAGGCAUAUGCCGAUGGUGGCAAACGUGUCAACGACAGAACUUUCCCCGUUAUGUACCUUCACACAAACGAAUUCGGCUGGGUGCCUAAUACCCUACUUACAGAGCUUCCACCACAGAAGGCUGAGGAGACCAUCACUGAGAAGAUGCGCAAGGACCUCAAAGAGGCAUUCUUACUCGCGGCCGAAAGCAAUUCUCUCGAACACUACAAAGACGUGCUUAAGCAAUUCCAAGACGAGCUGCUUGCUAAGCAACAGGCUGCCGCGACCCCCAAGAAGUCCAAGAAGGGCAAGGCCAAGGCUGCCGACGAAGAUGUUGACAUGGAGGAUAUCGAUGAUGCUACCGCGGAAAAGCCAAAGGCCAAGAAGCGUAAAGCCGAGGAUGACGUGGGCACACCACAGCGACCUGAUUCAGUUAAGAAGCCUAAGAUCAAGCUUAACACCUCAACCCCCAAAGCAAAUGGCACUCCCAAGGCCAAGGAAGAAUCUGCAGCCAAAGCUAAGGUCAAGGUUAAGAAGUCUGCCGACAAGAAGACCGAGGGAGCCAAGAAAGCUAAGAUGACCCCUGAGGAGCGACGACACCACAAGCAGAAAGAAGUCUUGUAUCUUCGUCACAAGCUUCAACGGGGGCUUCUCACAAGGGAUCAACAACCCCAGGAAUCGGAGAUGGAGCAAAUGUCCGAGUAUGUUACUAUGCUAGAGAACCUCAAGGACCUCGAGGUGUCCAUCAUUCGCGCGACAAAGAUCAACAAAGUCCUCAAGGCUAUCCUGAAGUUGGAGUCAAUCCCCCGUGAGGAUGAAUUUCAUUUCAAGAAUCGUUCGCAAGUUCUUCUUGACAAGUGGAAUGAGCUGCUGGCCACUGAGACCGUAGCCCCUGCUAGCGAGGCCACCAACGGCGUGAAUGGCAAGUCGGAUGCCAAGGCAGACGACAAGCAGGAUGACAGUGGCAAAGAGAACACUGAAGAGCCCAAGUCUGAGACCUCCAAGGCCGACGAGUCCAAGGCUGAGAAAACCGAGGAUGGCGAGAAGACUGAGGAAGAGGAGAAGAUCCUAGAGACACCACAAGCAUCAGCUCCUGAGGAGAAGAAGAACGACGCUGUCGCCCCUUCCGAGCCCGUUGAAGCCACGGCUUAG